CCCGCACCCAAGGCCUUCCUCAGGUCCUUACACCUGUCGUACUUUGCACCCCGCUCUUGUUUUCGCCUUUCACCUUCUACACUGUCCACCGUGGCGGUCCUUCCCAACUUGCCCCUCGCCCAAAUGAGCCGUCAUCACCCGACGUCGCAGUAUACUCCUUCGGGAGUUGCCGACCCGCCUACCCACGACGCCGGUAAAACGGACCUCGCGCGACAUGAUCGAGACGGCUCUCCCUCCGACUCAGAAUCAAGCACGGCGUUCAACAACUAUGUGGAGAAUGCAGAUCACGAAGGCAGCUCUCCUGAGGACCCAUAUCAUGCGCUCACAUCCCAGACGUUGAAUGCGGACGGGACUCCAAAGCGUCCAAUGAACGCUUUCAUGAUUUUCGCUCGGAAACGCAGACCACAGAUUUCUGCUGCGAACCAGAUGAUGCGCACAGGGGACGUGAGCAAGAUCUUGAGCAAAGAAUGGAACUCCAUGGAAAUGUCGGAUAAGAAGUUCUAUCUCGACCAAGCUAAGAAGUUGAAGGACAACUUCAACUCCAAGUACCCCGACUAUGUCUACCGCAGGCGGCCAAACAAUUCGCGCAAGAAGCGUAAGACGGAACCGAGCCACGACGAUCCAUCAGACCCGAACCAUAUCGGGGACCCCGACGAUCCAUCAUUAGAGGACGGUUCUCCUAUCGAUGCUGACGACUCGCUCAUGAUCCCGUCCCCGCAAGAGGCGCAAUACACGCGUCCGCACACGCUCAACCCCUCUCCACCUAUGUAUCAUUCGCACGAUACUGUCGCCCCUUCAACCGCGCCCUCAUGCACAUAUCCUUACUCCUCAGAGUUCCACACCUCGCAUCUGGGACAGUCUUCCCGCCUCCCCCCGCACUCACUGCCGACCGGUCAUAUAGGACCCAAUCGUCCAGCGUCGAUGAGCGAUGUCGGCGCGCUCGCCCAGGGAUAUCAGUCCCAGUCUCUGUAUCAGAACUCCGCCCAGUCGUCUUCUCUCUACGCGUCGCAAGGCAGUGCACAUCCCGACCACAGUCUGUGGCAGCCCAGCCGAGCGCCGCCGCGAUCCGACCCUACACGCUCCAACUGGCCUGUCCUACCCGCACUGGACAUCAACUUGGCGCGACAACGAUCAUCAAUAUCUUCCAUUCCGAGCGCGCUGUCCAACUCGACCAACGGCAAGGCAGAGGCGUAUUCUCCCUCGCUGCCCACGAGACCAUGGUCGAGCGCGACGUCCUCUACUACCGCGUCGAGUAGCUCUGGCGCGUCCACAUCGCACCAUUACGGAGCGACCACCAACCAGUUCCCGACGCUAAACUCGGCCUUCUUCCCGAACGAGUCGCCCACGAGCAAAGCGAUGGAUCUCGCUUCGCCUGCGGCGUCCGUGUCGACGCCCGCUAGCUCACACGAAUACUUCUCAUCAUCCGCCGUGCCCGGCGGUGUCUCUGGCUCAGGUCGACGACAGAGUGGCGCCGCAAACACAGGCGUGGAUCAAAGCGGUUACGGGCAGUAUGGGUCGUCGACGCCACAAACUAUCGGCGGGUGGGGGCCGCAACAAUAUGGGAGGUCUACGGUGGGCUCGCAAAGGGUCUCGGGUCUGCACUCGCACUCGAUCUCUCCGUACUCGCUGCAGGCGUCGCCGGCGGAGAGUGGGAGCGCGCGGUCGGCUACGAAUACGCACUCUGCUGCGCACUUGGGUUAUUGGGAUGACUCUACGUUUGGCAGACGCUGAGUGCUCCACACGAGUGCAUGCCGUCACUAUGGUCGAUCCGCCCGGCUUGGUCCUGACUUGUUCGUUUUCAAAUUGUUUUGUGCUCCGCUCAGGACUCGCUGAUAGCUUUCUAGGUCUCAGUUCGGUAUAAGCUACACUAAUCUCAUGGACUAAUGGAGCAGGAUUAUGGCGCUCUGGCAUCAUUGUCUACAUUUUCUGCAUGUCAUUUGCAAAUCGUGUUUAUUACUUCCGGUUCUACUGUUGCCUUGAAGCGGACCCUGCGCCACAAACAUGUAGCAUUGCACGUCUCCAAUCGUUCUGAUCUUGCACGCGUCGUGUUAUGUAUUCGAUGUGUAUACGUCUCCCUCAAUUAUAUAACUACUAGUUCGCG